GUAACCGCAUGCCUAAGUUGCCUGCUGGCAGCUGACGUAUCCACAUGACGAACACGUUGUAAUACUGAGAGGAUUUAAAGAAAAGUGGGGAAGUGGAAUGGAUUUAUUUUUUCUUUAAUUUUAAAAAAAAAAAAUUACAAGCAGUGGAUGAAAUGAGAUUGUGAAAGAGGAGCACACCCUGCUGCAUCCGGGUGUCCUCAAGCUGCACCUGUUGCUGUUUAACCAGGAUAAACAGUGCUAUUCUUUCCAAGACGACCGCUACAAAUGCCUGUGCUACCGUACUGUUUACUAUACCAGGAAAAACCGUAUGCUCCAAUCAUAGAUUAUAUAUCUUCACAAUUAUGAGUGUUUUGAAUGCGGCAUGCCAGAAUUACCCAGUAACAUGCUGUGAUAUUUCAAUUUCUCAGUAGUUUCUGAACGGAAAUGUAUUAGACUAGUAAGUAAGAAGGAAAUCCAGUUUUAUCGGAUGUUUUAAUUGGGAUAUUAUACAUGUUUUAUCCUCUUAUUCCUUAUUCUAGUUUUAAGUCUACACUUUACGAUAUUUGCCGAGGAAAAAUCAUAUACAUGAUAGUAUUAUGUAAAAUAUGUUUGGGGGUAUUUUCUGUUUUGAGGUGGGUUUUUUGUCUUCUCGGGGGAUUACUUCUUAUAAAAUACACGUUUAAGACAGAAAUGUUCUAAAAUAUAAAUUAGAAUAUUUGACAAAUCUGUCACAAACGUGUUUAAAUUUAAAAAUAUAUUGUUAUUUAAAACAAACUGUAUUGACUUUUUUUCCCCCAGAUGUGAAAUCCUGGACUUUAAACCUCUAAAACUUUUUUUUUAUUAUUCAGGAGUGCCGGGAAUUAACUGCUGCAAUGGAAACCCUGCCAGCCGGUUGGACGGUGUACACCUGUGAGCAGGAAAGAGCUGAGACAGGCCUGUUGAAGGGAGAAUCUGAUGAUACUAAAGAAAACACACAUAUUCAAGAUCUGUUCCAUGAAGAUGCAAAGGGUUUUCAGCAGUCUAAUCAGCCAUGGUGGAGGAUCAAAGUAUUUGUGUGGGAGCCGGUGCUUUUUGGCACCUGGGAUGGAGUCUUCACCACCUGCAUGAUCAACAUCUUUGGUGUGGUUCUGUUCCUGCGUACUGGCUACCUGGUGGGGAACACAGGAGUGCUGCUUGGGAUGGUUCUCGUCUCCAUGGUUGUGUUGGUUGCUUUAGUGACAGUUAUGUCAGGAAUCGGAGUGUCUGAACACUGUGGUGUUGGGAGUGGAGGAAUCUACUCCAUGAUCUCUACCAUCCUAGGGGGAAGGGUCGGGGGCACUGUUGGCCUCCUUUAUGUGUUUGGGCAGUGCGUCGCUGGGGCGAUGUACAUCACGGGGUUCUCCGAGUCAGUGGCAGAACUGCUGGGUCUUCAGACUCAGUGGGCGGUGCGCUGCAUGUCAGCAGCAGUGCUGCUAGGUCUGCUUGGAAUCAACUUGGCUGGUGUCAAGUGGAUUGUCAGACUUCAGCUGCUCCUCCUGGCUGUUCUGGCCAUCUCUACCCUGGACUUUGUCAUUGGCACAUUCACACACCUUGACCCAGAGCACGGUUUCAUUGGCUAUUCAGCUGGGCUGCUCAGUAGCAACACUAUGCCAGAUUAUACCACUGGGGAAAACUUCUUUACUGUAUUUGGGGUUUUCUUCCCUGCUGCUACAGGGGUUAUGGCAGGCUUCAACAUGAGCUCAGACCUUCAGCGACCUGAGCACAACAUCCCCGUGGGAACACUAGCAGCUGUCUUCACCUCGUGGUUCCUGUAUCUGGUCUUUGUCUUUCUCCUGGGGGCCAUCUGCACCAGAGAAGCUCUACGCUGUGACUUCUUGAUAGCUGAAAAGGUCUCCUUGGUGGGUUUCCUCUUUCUGCUGGGCCUCUACAUCUCCUCCCUGGCUUCCUGCAUGGGCGGCCUGUAUGGAGCACCCAGGAUCCUUCAGUGCAUCGCCCAGGAGAGGGUCAUUCCCUGUCUGGCCUUUUUGGGAAGAGGGAAAGGCCCAAACAAGACCCCGGUGGCGGCUAUCUUUCUGACGAGCCUGGUGACGAUGGCCUUCAUUUUCAUCGGCCAAGUUAACGUACUGGCGCCCAUCGUCACCAUCAACUUCAUGCUCACCUACAGCUUUGUCGACUACUCCUACUUCAGCGUGGCCAUGACCUCCCACCUUCAGAAUAAAGAUAAGAGGGACACCGCCAUAGUGGGCAAAAGAAACCAGCGCAGGUCCACCAGGCACCGCAGCACGUCACUGAUUCAAGCCAAUCUUCCAAACUAUGGCAGUGAUGGCGGGAGUCCGCAGAGUAAGGGCACUCUGCUGGAGUUCACUAGGGACAUGGACCAGAUAUUUCCACCUGUUUCAAAUGUGGAUUCUGGAGCUGAGAAGACCUCCUGCAUGCAAGACAUGAACAACACAUCCAAGAACAGAAAGGCUACUGCUAAGCAGAAGCUAAUGGACAGCUUUGGUUUGGACUCGAACUCCAGUGUUUCCUCAGAAGAGAAAGAAGAGAGGACAAGUUCUGCUUCACUAGCAGAGGAAGACCAGGGGCCAGGUGGAGGAGGAGAGCUCAAGGCUGGAGAGGAGCCUCAAAUCACGGGCUAUACAGAUAUUGGUCACGUUGAGCAGGAUUUGCCUGCUGACACUCACAAUUACAGCACAGGCACUGGAGAUAAAGCAGAACACCAAAGCUUUGAAAUCCAACCCAAGCACAAUUCCUUCUAUGCAAAGUUGUGUAACCGCUGGAUCGCUCUCAUUGGAGCAUUGAGCUCCAUAUUGAUUAUGUUUGUUAUUCAAUGGGUUUAUGCCUUAACAAACAUAAUAUUUGCCUUGCUGCUCUUCUUCUACAUCGGGAAAACAAGUCCUGGACUACCAAGAGGAAUUGCAGCUCAGUUCAGCUUUUUCACGUGGUUCAAAUCAACACUGAGUAGCAUUUGCAGUAGAAAAGCAUCACCCCGGGAUGAGAUCGUAGUGACGCCAUCUUUGUCUGGGACUCUGGGGCUGAAAACCAAGCAGCUGACGGAGGAAAAUGCUGACUUUGCCUCUCGUCACCGCUGUCAUCAAUCGUCGUUCAUCAGGGCCGACAAUAUGGUCCAACCACCAUUUCACUGACCGAAUUAAACACUGCCUCAGUUAUGCGUCGCAGCUGACAGCCUGAAUACCACAUUUUCUGCCUCAAACGGUGUCUCAUGUUGCACUACGGGCAGAAUACUGCUCACAUGUUAAGAAUCUCAGUGGCUCGAAUUGUUUUCCUGUGGUGGUUCAAGGAAAUCAAAGCUUUGCACAAAGGUUAUGUGGAAGAAUAAGAUACAUCAGAGAAAGGCGAUAGCUAAAAUGUGCAGGUUUUCAUGCAAACAGACAAAUGCAGAGAUUUAUUAUUUCCUCUUAAUAUAAACUUCAACUUUAACUCUUUCAUUUUCAACUGUUUUUUUUUUUGUUUGUUUGUUUUUGCCGUUCCAUUACUGUAAAAUGGCCUUUUAAAAUGCAAAACUUUUAAAACAUAGUGUAUAGUUUAUAGAUGACAAAUACUUUAUCUUAUAUAUGGGACUUUUUUUUUGUCACAGCUGUUGAAAUAAUAAUAAUAGCAAUAAUGAAAAGCUAAUCUCUGCCCCAAUAACCUGUCCAGUUAGUGGUCCAGAGGUUUGUGAGGAUGAUUGAUAAUCCACAAUCACUUUAUUCAGUCUGUUGCUGUCACAAACUCUGA